AUGUCUCUUCCACCCGCUACCGACGUACUCAUUGUUGGCGCUGGCCCGGUUGGCCUCCUUACCGGGAUUGGCCUUACGCAACAAGGCGUUGACUGUGUUCUUGUCGAAAAACGAGAGCGCGAUGUCCAGGCCACCUUUGGCCGUGCGACAACGCUUUACCCAAGGUCCUUGGAGCUUCUCGAGCAGCUGGAUGUGGCUGAUGACUUGAUUCAAGAAGGCUUCGUAUCCCGAAGCAGUAUCAACUUCAAGGAUGGGAAAAGGGUGAAUGAAAGAGGGUGGAACCUCAUGUUCGAUCACUUCAAGCCGAGCUACCAUGACUAUGCUCUGAACAUCCGUCAGCGGUAUUCGGAGGACGUCUUUCGAAAACACUUCGAAAGCUACGGCAAGUCAGUUUGGUUUUCCUGGAAGCUCACAACUUAUGCUAUCAACACUUCGCUCGGUGACGGGUAUAAUGUUACGGCUACUCUUGAACACAAGACGAUGGGGAAAGCGCAUGUCCGCUGCAAAUAUCUUGUUGGAUCUGAUGGUGGCUCCUCGUCGGUUCGGCAGUUGGCUGGCAUCGAUCUUGACCUGGAUCCAACCACCCACGAAUGGAUUCGAAUUGACGGCAAAAUGACAACUGAUAUGCCUGAUGCAAACAUCGGGUUUGCUUCGAUCGAGACAGAGCAUCACGGAAAUAUCCUGUGGGUGAAGCUCGACCGGGAUACCCACCGUGUUGGGUUUGCUCUUACGCCUGCUCUCCUCGCAAAAUACCCAAACGGCAUCACCCAAGAGGAGGCUUUGAAGGAAGCUGCCGAGGGAAUGAAGCCGUUCAAGUUGGAAGUCGACAGACUAGACUGGUGGACUCACUACAAGAUCAAGCAGAGCGUCGCACAGGUUUUGCAAAAGGACCAAUUUGUUCUCCUCGGAGGUGAUGCCGCCCAUACUCAUUCCUCUGGUUUUGCUCAGGGUAUGAACACGGGCAUCCACGACGCUACAAAUCUCGUCUGGAAGCUUGCGGGAACCAUCAAGGGCUGGUAUAAGCCUUCGGUUCUCGAGACAUAUGCCUCGGAACGGCACGCGGCAGCAAAGAAACUGAUUGGAAUUGACAAGGACGCCGCGGCUGUCAUAUCUGGAGAAAUUCCUGCGCAAUACCAGGGACUCAGAAGAACUGCAGAUGAGAUUUUGUGGAAGAUCUUUGGCGAGAACAUUGGCUUUAACGUCGGACUGGGAGUCACAUACGCCAAAAAUGUCAUUAACCAAAGCCCUCUCAUGACCACUCUCCCAUGCGGCAUCCGCAGCCCUGACGCACUUGUAUGUGCACCUGGAAGCAAAGUUCCGUUGCGUCUUUAUGACGCCCUUUUGCGAGACGGGCGUAGAGGCUGUUGGAGCAUUGUUGUAUUCGCGGGGAACCCAGCCUUCACAUCGGCUGAUUUCCCAGCCCUCAGAGAGACCCUGCCCACGUUUGCUGGUCGUCACGACGGGAUGAUUCGACUUGUUACACUGAUGAUUGGAAUCGCUGGCAGUGGGUGGGAGACAUUGGGUGGGCCUCCCCUGGGAAGAUUCUUCUUUGACCGUGAUGGCACUUGCCACUCUGAGUAUGGAGUGGAUAGCAAGUCAGGUGCUAUCAUUGUGAUCCGCCCUGAUGGUAUAAUUAGCUUUGCAGCGGGUUUAAAUAAGACUAAUAAAAUUAAGGAGUACUUUACUAGGUAUAUAUAUUAA